AGUUUGAAUAUAAUAGAGAGAGAGACUCUGUCUCUGUGUAUAGAAGGGAGGAAAUCAAAAUUCAAACGCUACGGAUUCUCCUCACUCCUUCGGCGCUGAAAUCGCCGUCUAGGGUUUUCUUCUCCGGCGGUUACUCUUCUUCCUCCGCCGCCCCCCAUGGAUUCAGAUUCCUCUAGGUCGCGGAUUGACCAGUUUUAUGUUUCGAAGAAGAGGAAACACCCGUCACCAAAUGUGAAGUCUGGGAGGAAUGAGAAACACGUUAAGGUGACUGGAGAAAGGUCUCCUGGAGAUAAAGGCACUUUGGACAGUUACUUGAAAGCAUCCCCGGAUGACAAGAACACUACCAACAGUGUGUUGCAGGCAAGGCAAGAGGCGUUUACAAAAAAACUGGAUCUGGAGCGCCUGCCUAAGCCUGUGAGCGCUGGAACUUCUAAAGGAGUUGAAGGAUGUUUGAAACAGGGCGGAUCUCAAGUCUUGGAUAAAGAAGGUGUUGCUACGGCUGAAAAUCAUGCAACAGAUGGUUUGCUUUGUGCCAACCAGAAAGAUAGUUCAGAUCUAAGAGACUUUGCCACUGGUUUCUUGUCCUUGUAUUGUAGCGAAGUGCGGUCUGUUGUUUGCCCACCUCCACAUCAGAAUGCAAACGAACGGAAGCGUCGAAGCAGUUCAUCACUACUUGAUCAAGAUAUGCAAAUUUCUCACAAGAUGCGUUUUGAUUCCGAAGAUAAACCAUCACUGGAUGAACCUGCAUAUACUCUCGGUAGUAAGCCUGAAUCAUUCAGUGAUAAAAGAGAUAAAUAUGUUUCAGACCCUAUGCAGAAGAUUCCAAGCAAUCAAUCUGCUGAAAUCUCAAUGGGCUUGAGGAAGUGUACUAAGGCACUGGAAGCAUCGACUCAUCAAACUGAAUGUCAUACGCCUGCAUCAGCCGUCAAAUCAUGUUCUGUUGGAACCCCUAAGUCUGGUAACUCAAUGUUCUCACCUGGAGAUUCUUUCUGGAAUGAAGCAAUUCUAGUUGCUGAUGGUCUGUCAAUGCCAAUUGAGAACUCUGGUUCCGUAGAAGUUAAAGAUGGAGGUCAGGAUGGAACUGUUCUUUCAUUCAGCCAAAAAGCAGAUAAUUGCAGUGACAACUUAAAGAAAAGGUUAGGUUUAGAUGAAAGCAGAGUCAAGGAUAGAGAUUCCAUAGGUUAUUCAAAGGUCGGGGAGAAGCAUGGGAGAGAUUUUGGUAAAGAAGUAUCUCCGCUUCCUGUCAAGAAUCUGGAACUUUUGUUUCAAGAUAAAAAAACAAAUGGAGGUACCCGAGAGCAAUGUGCUUCAUUGGAUCAAAAUAACAUUACUCGAGGAAGCAGUACGAUCUCUGAAUCUGUUCUCGUUGAUAAUAAAGGACUUGAAUCUCUUGAUAUUGCCAAUAAUGCUCAGGCAAAUAAAAGUUUGAUAGGCAGGAAGUAUCCAGAACCUGAAGGAAAGAAAGUUUUAGUGUGCGAGGAUAGUGUACGAUCUGUUUCUAUGAUAAACAACAUGAGGAAACGAGCUGAUUCUAGUGAAUCAGAAGAAAGCUAUACUCCUUCAAGCUCUCAUCAUAAGAAAGAAGGUUUAAGUCUUAGCACCUGGCUUCCCUCGGAAGUUUGCAGCGUAUACAAUAAGAAGGGAAUAUCUAAACUCUAUCCAUGGCAGGUCGAGUGCCUUCAAGUAGAUGGUGUUUUGGAGAAAAGGAAUCUGGUAUAUUGUGCUUCUACAAGUGCUGGUAAAAGUUUUGUUGCAGAAGUCUUGAUGCUGCGCCGGGUCAUAACAACUGGAAAAAUGGCAUUGCUUGUUCUACCUUAUGUGUCCAUUUGCGCUGAGAAGGCGGAACACCUUGAGGCCCUACUUGAACCACUUGGUAAGCAAGUCCGCAGUUACUUUGGAAAUCAGGGUGGUGGAACACUUCCUAAAGGCACUGCUGUGGCUGUCUGCACGAUUGAGAAGGCAAACUCUUUGAUAAAUCGCUUGCUUGAAGAGGGUCGUUUGUCUGAACUUGGGAUAAUUGUUAUAGAUGAGCUACACAUGGUGGGUGACCAACAUAGGGGUUAUCUGUUGGAACUUAUGCUGACCAAACUUCGUUAUGCUGCCGGUGAAGGCAGUUCAGAGUCUAGUAGUAGUGAGAGUUCAGGGAAUAGCAGUGGCAAGAAUGAUCCUGCUCAUGGCCUACAAAUUGUGGGUAUGAGUGCUACAAUGCCGAAUGUCGGAGCAGUUGCUGACUGGCUUCAAGCAGCACUGUAUCAGACAGAGUUUCGACCAGUUCCGCUAGAGGAGUAUAUCAAAGUUGGUAACACCAUUUAUAAUAAGAAGAUGGAAGUUGUGAGGACUAUACCAAAAGCUGCUAAUAUGGGAGGAAAAGACCCAGACCAUAUCAUUGAGCUUUGUAACGAGGUUGUUCAAGAGGGCAACUCAGUGCUGAUAUUUUGCUCGAGUCGAAAAGGAUGUGAAUCAACUGCUAGGCAUAUUUCAAAGCUUAUUAAAAAAGUGGCCAUAGACGUUGAUGGUGAACAAAGUGAGUUUAUGGAUAUUAAUUCUGCUAUAGAUGCCCUGCGAAGGUCUCCAUCUGGAGUAGAUCCUGUACUAGAAGAAACUCUUCCCUCUGGGGUUGCCUACCACCAUGCUGGUCUUACAGUAGAAGAACGAGAGAUAGUUGAGACCUGUUACCGUAAAGGUCUUGUACGUGUCUUAACAGCUACAUCCACACUGGCGGCAGGGGUUAACCUGCCUGCAAGGAGAGUCAUUUUUCGGCAACCAAUGAUUGGCCGUGAUUUUCUUGAUGGAACAAGGUACAAGCAAAUGGCUGGUCGAGCUGGGCGGACUGGCAUUGAUACAAAAGGAGAAAGUGUGUUGAUAUGUAAACCAGGAGAACUCAAGCGAAUAAUGGCACUUCUAAAUGAGAGCUGCCCACCUUUGGAGUCUUGUUUAUCUGAGGACAAGAAUGGAAUGACUCAUGCAAUAUUAGAAGUCGUGGCAGGUGGAAUUGUUCAGACUCCCAAAGAUAUAAAUCGCUAUGUUAGGUGUACUCUUCUGAAUUCUACAAAGCCCUUUCAAGAUGUUGUCAAAUCAGCUCAGGAUUCCCUUCGCUGGCUGUGCCACAGAAAAUUUCUUGAGUGGAAUGAAGAGACAAAGUUAUACAGUACAACACCCCUUGGACGUGGAUCUUUUGGCAGUUCACUCUGCCCAGAGGAGUCACUUAUUGUGCUGGAUGAUCUUCUAAGAGCACGUGACGGACUAGUUAUGGCUUCUGAUUUGCAUUUGGUCUACUUAAUCACACCGAUUAAUGUUGGUGUUGAACCAAACUGGGAGUUGUAUUAUGAACGGUUUAUGGAACUGUCUCCUUUAGAACAGUCUGUUGGCAAUAGAGUUGGAGUGGUCGAACCUUUUCUGAUGCGCAUGGCACAUGGUGCAACAGUGCGCACUCUAAAGAAACCACAAGAUGUAAAAAAAAAUUUGCGUGGAGAAUGUAACAAUCGGCAUGGUUCAACGAGCAGUAAGAUUCUUUCAGAUGAAGAGAUGCUCCGAGUGUGCAAACGAUUUUUUGUUGCUCUCAUCUUGUCAAAACUAGUUCAGGAAGCUUCUGUGUCUGAGGUUUGUGAAGCCUAUAAAGUGGCUAGAGGUAUGGUUCAAGCGCUACAGGAGAACGCUGGAAGGUUUUCGUCCAUGGUUUCGGUGUUCUGUGAAAGGCUUGGAUGGCAUGAUCUGGAAGGCUUAGUUGCCAAACUCCAGAACCGUGUUUCAUUUGGUGUCCGAGCUGAAAUUGUUGAACUUACUAGCAUUCCAUAUAUAAAGGGUUCAAGAGCUAGAGCAUUGUACAAAGCUGGCUUGCGUACAUGUCAGGCUAUAGCUGAAGCAUCCAUCCCUGAAAUUGUCAAAGCUCUCUUUGAAUCUUCAGCGUGGGCUGCAGAAGGUGCAGGACAGAGAAGGAUACACUUGGGAUUAGCCAAGAAAAUCAAGAAUGGGGCGCGAAAAAUUGUUCUUGAGAAAGCAGAAGAGGCGAGGGCUGCUGCGUUCUCUGCUUUUAAGUCGCUUGGUUUGGAUGUUCCUGACCUUUCAAACCCCUUGCCGUUGGCUCCAGCCAGGAGUCCCAAUAGACAAGUAACUAUUGAGAGAGAUAUCUCUAGAGACACUGUUGGUCCCAAUGAACUACAACAUAUUCCAGGGCAGUCAAGCAUGGAGGGGCACAUGGAACGUGAAAACUUUGACUCGGAUAAUCACAGAGAAAAGCCAAUGGACGUAGCAGGUACUGCCUUAGGGGUUUCAUCAGAAGUUAACUUGGUCGAUCCUCUUCCUCAGAUCCAACCUAUAGGAACUACAGUUGGCACAGAUAGUCCUAAUGCUGUUAGUACUUUUUCUAGUGAUGACAGAAAUGAGGAUAAUGUUGAGCAGCAAUUGAUGAGAAAUGCCCAUAUUCCUCUUAGCAAUAAGGAUAAUGCAGGUGAGAAGGGUCCAAUAACUGCAGGAAAUAUUUGUGGAGGAAUUGACUCUUUCUUGAAGCUCUGGGAAUCCGCUGAGGAAUUUUUCUUUGAUAUCCACUAUAAUAAACUACAAAAUCUGAACUCCCGCAUCUCUUAUGAGAUACAUGGAAUUGCAAUCUGCUGGAGUGGCUCUCCUGUGUACUAUGUGAAUCUUAACAAGGAUCUUCCCAAUCUGGAAUGUGAAGAAAAAGAAAAGCUUGAAAAGGAGGUUUUGGGUACCCACAGCAUGUUUGAUGUUAUUAAAUCUAGGUGGAACAGAAUCAGUAAAAUAAUGAGGGAUGAAAGUACGAGAAAGUUCACGUGGAAUUUGAAAAACCAGAUUCAAGUUCUCAAGAGUCCUGCCAUUUCAAUCCAAAGAUGCGCUCGCCUGAAUCUUGCAGAAGUGGCCAGGGACCAUGAGUUGGUGGAUGGAUCUUGGUUGGUGAUGCUUCCGGUUCGCAUAAGCAACACCAUUGACAUGAGCAUCGUGUCAUGGAUUCUUUGGCCAGAUGAGGAAAGACACUCAAAUCCAAACAUUGAUAAGGAGGUAAAGAAAAGACUGUCCCCAGAGGCAGCUGAAGCUGCAAAUCGCAGUGGCAGGUGGAGGAACCAGAUCCGAAGGGUUGCCCACAACGGUUGCUGCAGACGAGUUGCUCAAACGCGAGCCCUUUGCUCAGCUCUUUGGAAGAUCCUUGUUUCCGAAGAACUUCUUGAAGCACUGACAACCACUGAAAUGCCUCUGGUCAAUGUCCUUGCAGACAUGGAGCUAUGGGGUAUAGGCGUUGAUAUAGAGGGAUGUCUUAGGGCGCGGAAUGUAUUGCGGGAUAAACUGCGGUCCCUUGAGAAGAAAGCAUUUGAGUUAGCUGGCAUGACAUUUUCAUUGCACAGCCCAGCUGAUAUUUCAAAUGUGCUGUUUCGACAGCUGAAGUUGCCCAUACCGGAAAACCACAAUAAAGGGAAACUUCAUCCGAGUACUGAUAAGCAUUGCUUGGAUCUAUUAAGGAAUGAGCAUCCUGUUGUCCCAAUUAUCAAAGAGCACCGAACUUUGGCAAAGCUCUUAAAUUCUACACUUGGAUCAAUUUGUUCGCUUGCUAAACUACGCUUAAGCACGCAAAGGUACACUUUGCAUGGCCACUGGCUUCAAACGUCGACAGCAACUGGUCGGCUUUCCAUAGAAGAGCCUAAUCUCCAAACUGUUGAGCACGAAGUAGAGUUUGCAUUGGAUAAAAGUGGAAAGGAAGUAAAUUCAGAUGCUGACCGCUGCAAAAUCAAUGCACGUGAUUUCUUUGUUCCUACUCAGGAGAAUUGGUUACUCUUGACGGCAGAUUAUUCACAGAUAGAGUUGCGACUUAUGGCACAUUUUUCUAGAGAUUCCUCGUUGAUUGCACAGCUCAGUCAGCCAGAAGGUGAUGUCUUUACAAUGAUAGCUGCAAAAUGGACUGGAAAGACCGAGGAUUCUGUUGGUCCACAUGAUAGAGAUCAGACCAAAAGAUUGAUCUACGGAAUUCUUUACGGAAUGGGUGCCAACACGCUUGCUGAACAGCUUGAGUGCAGCUCAGAUGAAGCCAAGGAGAAAAUUAGAAGCUUUAAAAGUUCUUUCCCUGCAGUCACGUCUUGGCUUAACGAAACAGUUUCCUUUUGCCAGGAAAAAGGAUACAUUCAGACACUCAAGGGAAGAAGGCGGUUCUUGUUGAAGAUUAAAUAUGGGAACGCCAAAGAGAAAUCUAAGGCUCAAAGGCAAGCUGUUAAUUCCGUGUGCCAGGGAUCUGCUGCUGAUAUAAUCAAAAUUGCAAUGAUAAACAUAUAUUCUGCAAUUUCUGAGGAUGUUAAUACUGCAGCAUCUAGUUCUUCAACUGAAACUAGGUUUCACAUGUUGAAGGGACGAUGCCGAAUUCUUCUACAGGUACAUGAUGAACUCGUGCUGGAAGUUGAUCCUUCUUACGCAAAAGAAGCUGCAAUGUUGCUGCAAUCCAGCAUGGAAAAUGCGGUUUCACUUCUCGUCCCUCUACAUGUGAAACUGAAGAUUGGGAAAACAUGGGGUUCUUUAGAGCCGCUUCAGGCUGGUUAAAGACAUCAGCAAAAUCUCAGCGUCUUCAGAUCUCAAUUUAAGAGUCUCGGAGUUUGGAGCAACUCGCUCAUAUGUGUAUUUGAUGGUUCAAAAUGCUCCCCACAUCCAUGGCUUGAUCCAGUGAGAUCCGCUGUUUCAUCUUUCGUGAAGUGAUAAGUGAUGAAGAUAAAUGAUAUCAGUGGCUUCUUUGUGACAUUUUAUCGCUUGAAUAUGGAGGUGGAGAGGAACGGACCAUUCCAAAGGGAUUUGCCUCCUGAUGUGUUCUAUGGCCUCUUCGUGUUUUAGCUUCAAAGAGAGUUACACCACCAUUAAAGAGUUGUCACAGUUUUGCUUAGACAGUGGCUUUUUGACAUGACCAAAUCAUAUAUAGAAAGAUUAGGAAAGUUCUCUCUUUUCCACCGUAAAUACAUAAUGUCAACGUUUUUCUCAAUAUGAUGUGCUCAUUGG